AUGGCCAGCAAAAAAGGUAUCUACAUUCCCAUCAAACCAAUCUCCGCGACAUCACCUAGCCAACAGCCAUUUUAUGCUCCCUGUCUAAACCUCUCGUACUUCGAAUCCCCUGGUAUUGCGGGGCUAGGCUGGAUUGGUCCCAUGCGAAGCGAAGAUGGCGGAGAUUUUCAUGAAUAUAAAAGAGCUGGCGCUGCUGGACAGAUGAUCAAUCCUUCAAGACGUAAGGGAUUUGGAGCGGAGGCUCUGAAAAUGGUUGUUGAUUAUGGGUUAAAUGUAUUAGAGUUAGCGAAGGUGAAGAUUGGGACUACGUUGUCUAAUAUGACUAUGGCCAGGCUGGUAGAGGCCAGGUUCAAGAUGGAGGCGGAAGCGGAAGAGAUUGGUGAUCGCUUUGGUAGUGAUUUGCUCUCGCGGAUUGGUAAAGAGAGAUGGGGUCAUUAUCUUGAGGAGGAAUGA